GUCUCGCCGAAUUCGUCCGCGUUGCUGCUGUGCUGCAGUGUGUGCGCGUGCGUUUCCCGCUGUUCUGGUAGACCUAAGAGCAAGAGUCAGGCAGUCCAUGCCAUCCACAACUGAAGCGGUGGGCGUCUCCUCUGCUGCUUCAGUGAUGCUUUUGGAACGCGCGGUGUGGUGUUCGAUCGUGGUCGUUACGUACUUCCGCCUGAAUUUUCGGCAGUGGGCUAGCGACUUCUGGCACCAAGCUUCCGCUGCCGAGCAUAAGGUUUCUGCCGCUCGCUGUCCAACACCGCCGACCCGACCGCAGGGUCUCUUCGUGAGCGUGGUAACCCUCAUUUUGACCCUCUACGUGCUCUGCAUAGUGGCGCCGAUGAACGCAGUGGCUGAGUGGGAUAUACACUGGCGUGGAGGUUCCAACGGGAGAAGAACAUCAGGUCCCACUCGCGUACGAUAGCAUAGCGAUCGCGGUUCGUACUAUCGCGAAACACCUGCAAUGCUGCUUUGUGACUUCGCGUACCACAAGGAGCGACUACGACUACGGCAAGAGAACCCGUCCCGUCGUGUCUUAUGUAUGUGUAGUGGAACGGGUCCUUCAAACCCUUCGUGUAAUCCGCAACAAAGGACACCGGCAGGGAGGACCAGGCCUAGUGAAUCGCCUGGCCAUUGUUGCCUCUUGUGUGUUUUAGUCGCAAGUAACAGCCCCCCCCCUUGUGAAAGCUUGUUGCCCUCGUGGGUGAGAUUGCCCGCAGAGCGGAGAACGAACGUGGAAGACUCCUGUCUCCUGCCUGUGCCGCAAACACAUACGGUGUUUACCAUAGGGAGAGCUCACACCUUGAUCGCUGGCCUGUCUUUGCUACACCGCGAGGGAUCCCGAGGUUAGGUCAUGUUGGUUCUGCUGCUGUCGAGACCCGCACGUUCAUGAAUUCGCGAUUAUCUUGUGUGUGCAUGCAUGCAUGCGAGGAAAGUCGAAUAGAGUACAUGUGGUGUUUGCGGAUUGGCAGCUGACUCGUGACUACAAGAGGCAGAAGUAUCCAAAAACGAGAUUCAAUGAGCGAGGAGGAUGGGAGAGAACUUGUUACCGCGUGAUACAUGGUGGUGAAGGAGUUCGAACGACUAGGUGGGGUACAAGCGGGCGCGCGAGAUGUCUCUCGUUCCCAGUUAUGGGAACUCUGUUUUGUGCAAGGCGAGUUUUGAACCCGCAACAUGCGUGCCAGGGACGGAGCUGGAUUGCAUUGGUGCAGUUGCGUUUGGCUUCAGCCAUUCGCAUCGGCGGUUGUUAUGGCACUCAAUAGGACAACACUGACAACUAAAUGGUGGACUGAGCACUGCCUACUUCUACGUUUGUAAGGCAGUAUGCCUCGCGGCCGAAAUCCCGUUGCUCUCCGUGCGAGAUGUUGAACAGUUUAUUUCAUGUUCAAAAAGUACGCG